AUGUUUGGAGCCAACAGCUCCAGUCUAACCCCGAAAUUCUUUAUCUUGAAUGGUGUUCCUGGGCUGGAAACUGCACACAUCUGGAUCUCCCUGCCAUUCUGCUUCAUGUACGUCAUUGCUGUUGUGGGCAACUGUGGACUCAUCUACCUUAUCAGCCAUGAGGAGGCCCUGCAUCGCCCCAUGUACUACUUUCUGGCCCUACUCUCCUUCUCGGACGUCACCCUGUGCACCACCACGGUACCCAACAUGCUGUGCAUAUUCUGGUUCAACCUUAAGGAGAUUGACUUCAAUGGCUGCCUGGCCCAGAUGUUUUUUGUCCACAUGUUGACUGGGAUGGAGUCUGGGGUGCUCAUGCUCAUGGCACUGGACCGCUAA